AUGUGGGAUGGUACCAGCAGCAGUGAAGGCAGUCAGACGCAGCCCCGCUUGACUCCGGUCCUGGGAGUCAGCUGGAAGUAUCCCACAAUUCCACAGGACAACUUCCUUACUCCUCUCACAGCCACAGCUCAGCCAACAAUGAAGAAAAGGAUGGGUCCAGGCCUCCUGCUGCUGAUUUUCCUCUUGCUGGCCUACAUGGCCAUGGCCAGGAGAGAGACGCUGUACGAGAAGUUCCAAUGGCAGCAUGUCGACACCUCCAGGAGCUGGGAUCAUGACUCCAACCGCUACUGCAACCUCAUGAUGCCGCGGAGGAACAUGACGGAGUCCAGCUGCAAAGAGCUCAACAGCUUCGUCCACGGGGUGCUGGCGGGGGUAGUUGCCAUCUGUGGCUCAGAGGGGACAUGGCAUCAUGGGAACUUUUACUACAGCAACUCGCCCUUCCGGAUCACAGACUGCCAGACCACAGGGGCAUCCUGCUGGCCCCGCUGCAUUUACAGGGGAGUCAUGAGCCAUAACAGAAUUUGUGUCACCUGCACAAAUAAGCCUGUGCACUAUGCCCUGCCAUCGGUAUGCAGCGGCCCGUGAGCCGUGGGGCAGACAUGAAGUCCUGCAGCUUCUCUGGGUUUUGGCAAUGCUGGCAGCCCUGCACGCCCAUAGCUGCAGGACGCUGUCCCCAUCCUCCUCCCCAAAUGAGUAUUUGGGCACCGCACUGGGGACAGCAACAAAGGCUGUUAUUCCUUUUUCUAUGGCAAAUUAUAGCUGCCCCUUUCCCUCCCCCACCCUCUGCUCCCUCUAGUGCCCAUUAUAUAAUAUGGGCACCUUUUCCCCAUCCUUUAUCCAUGGAGGGGAGGCGGGGGGGUGUGUCAAAGUGCAGUGGAGAUGUUACCAGCCUGAGCCCUGGAUGCUGUUUUCUCUUGCUUCUUCCUGCGAUAAAAUACUUUUUGCAAGUGCA